GCGCGCACGAGGACCGGCCGGCCGCAGCAUCCGAUUCUUCCCACGUCCGAUCCAACCCCCCUGUCUGGCGCUCGUGGGAGCAUGAGCAUCAUCACCGCCGCACGAGCCGGGCACGUAACGUAACCUCGCCAACCGGCGCCCUCGCCCCGCGUGGUGCCUCGCCGUCUCUCUUUAUAAUCAGCAGGGGCGUCGCACCACCGCAUCAUCACUCUACUACUCCACCUCUAGCCGUCUCGCUCUCCUAGUUUCUUCCAUCAACCUCCUCUCCUCUCCUCUCCUCUCGCCUCGGGUUCUCCCUUCGACUGCUUCGAGACAAGGAAGGAAGAUGGCGGACGAGGGGACGGCCAACUGCAUCGACAUCAUCCUCGCCAUCAUCCUGCCGCCGCUCGGCGUCUUCUUCAAGUUCGCCUGCGGGAUCGAGUUCUGGAUCUGCCUGCUGCUCACCUUCUUCGGCUACCUCCCCGGCAUCAUCUACGCCGUCUGGGUCAUCACCAAGUAGCCGCCCCUGCCUGCCUGCUUGUCUCUAGGUGAUCCAUGGCCAACUUGUUCCGUUUGUCCGAGACGCGAGCCAGGUGAUCCAUGGUGCUGCGUACGCGUUGUGUGUUCAUGCUGUUGUACAUCUGUUUGUUGUUCUUGCUUGAUGAUUAGACUCCUCUCCUCCUGUCGCCUUCCCCAGUGUAUCCAUGCAUCCAGUUGUUCCUCUGUCCAUUUUCGUCGUCCAUGUACUUUGAUGAAUUAAUUAAUUAAUCAAUUGAUUGGUGGAGAAAUUUUCCGAUU